AUGACCAUUUCCAGUGGGGCGACGUCGCCAAUUGGGGCCACCGAUGGCUUCCGGAGAGGAAACAGCUUUUUUGAGGACUAUGGCAUCUGGAAAGAAGCGCCAUUACUCAUUGGUACUACCCAGUUUGAUCCCCUCCCAGAUGUCAAGAACAUCAUGAUCACAGGGGGCGCCGGGUUCAUUGCGUGCUGGCUUGUCCGACAUCUCACUCUUACCUAUCCCCACGCCUACAACAUCGUGUCCUUUGACAAGCUCGACUACUGCUCGUCACUCAACAACACGCGCAUCCUCAACGACCGGCGCAACUUCACCUUCUACCAGGGCGAUGUGACAAACCCGUCUGAAGUGCUAGAUUGCCUAGAACGGUACAACAUUGACACCGUCUUCCACUUCGCCGCGCAGUCACACGUCGACCUAAGCUUCGGCAACUCCUACGGCUUUACCCACACCAACGUCUACGGAACCCACGUGUUAUUAGAAAGUGCCAAGAAGGUCGGCGUCCGCCGGUUCAUCCACGUGUCGACCGACGAGGUGUACGGUGAGGUCAAGGACGACGAUGACGACCUGCUGGAGAGCAGUAUCCUCGCUCCGACCAACCCCUACGCCGCUAGCAAGGCCGCUGCAGAGAUGCUAGUUCAUUCAUAUCAAAAAAGCUUCAAACUGCCCGCUAUUAUCGUGCGCAGUAACAAUGUUUAUGGCCCACACCAAUAUCCAGAGAAAAUCAUACCCAAAUUCGCCUGCCUCCUAGCGCGGCGCAAGCCGGUGGUCCUACACGGCGACGGCUCACCAACACGCCGCUACCUCUACGCGGCCGACGCAGCCGACGCCUUCGACACGAUCCUACACCGCGGCCAGCUAGGCCAGGUAUACAACGUCGGCUCGCACGACGAAAUCAGCAACAUUGCCCUCUGCCGCAAGCUGCUGGGCAUCAUGAACAUCAUCCCGGAGACCGACGGCCAUAUGGGCGAGCAAAACGGCAGUAGCAGCAACAACAACAACCACCACAACGGAACCCCUCCAACAACCGACUCCCUAUUCUCCCGCUGGGUCAAAUACACUCACGACCGGCCCUUCAACGACCACCGCUACGCCGUCGACGCGACCAAGCUCAAGCAGCUAGGCUGGGUACAAAAGACGGGGCUCGAGACCGGGCUGCGCGCGACGGUGGAGUGGUACCGGCUGUUUGGGGAGCGCUGGUGGGGGGACAUCAGUAAAGUGCUUAGUCCGUUCCCCGUGGUGGCCGGCAUGGAGGUGUUGUCGGACUCGGAGCCUGUGUCGGAUACGCCGCAGGGGCCAGAGGUAAGGGCGGAAAGGGGAGUGGAAGGGAAGAAGGGGAAAGGGGUUGUGGCGGUGGAAGGGGGGAGGAAGGGAAAUGGUGUGAAUGGGUGGAAUGGGUGGGAUGGGAGAAAUGGAUUUGAGGAGGAGGAUUGA